AGUACGCUCUGACCGUACCAUAGCAUAGCGUUGGCGCGUUGGCUUGGACGAGUGCAUGCAAUGUCAGCAAGCUAAGGUUACCGAAAAUCAAAAGCAUUAGCAUAUUGGCAUGGCUCUUACUACAUGCAUUGUUGUUACCUGUUCGACCCUGAGGUGGGCAACAGCCGUUGAAGCUGAACUGACCAUCCUACAGAAGCAAGGGAUAAUUCCUGAAGAUGUGAAACUCCUCACUGUUGAAGACCCUGCCAAUAACAUUGGCAGUGGAGCAGCCACACUUAAUGCACUGCUUGUUGUUACUGAAUUUUUAAGUGUUAGAGAAGGAUACUUGGUUAUCUCUUCUGAUGUUCUUGCAUCAAGCACAAUCCUGAUACUGCAUAUUGGACGAGAAUAUGUAUAUGAGCCCUGUGGUAAGGCAUUUGGCCAUCUGCCGUCUGUAUGCUAUGAGAAGUCAUCCGAAACAAAAAUGCAGACAAAUUUGGAAAGACUUUUCCAUCUUUUACAGAAGCUGCAGUAUGGUGGCCCCCCUGGCGUUUGGGUUUGUAGCACAGAUAUGAUACUCUCCGUUCGUGGCAUAGAAAAUAUUGAUUGGAACAGUGUCAAGGAUGGCAUGCUGUUCUGCUGCCCAAGCACACCGGACUAUGCUACUUCCCAUGGUGUAGUUGAAGUAGACAGUGAUGGGAAUCUUGCUAACAUACUGUACUCUGCACCACUGGAGACAUUGCAUUCCUACCUACAUUCUGAUGGAAAAGUAAAAAUUGUUUCUGGAAUUGUCUACCUGUCUACGCAAAUCGCAGAAAGUCUUCUUUCACUUCAUGCCAAAUCCCCAUUGGACAGCUGUACCUACCUGGGUCUUGAUAGUGGUGUAGAGCCUAUGCAGAUAUCCUUGUUUUUUGAUUUGCUGAUGGCAACGGCAACGAAUGUCUCAAAGGAAGCAUUUGUAAAUGGCCACUGUGGUCGACUGUAUGAUCGCCAUUUCAGCUUGUCUAGGAAUAUGUCUGUGAUUCAGGCCAGAAGUCUUGUCUGGGAUGAGCUCUCCCGGUAUUCACUGAAAAUUGGCUCUCUGGAAAAUGUCACUCAUUACUAUCUGUCCCAUUCCAUUACUGCCGAAACAUAUUUGAACUACCUCUGGUCCUGUAAUAUUCAGGAAGGCUACAGGCAUGCAGCACUUGAGGUAGAAAACAUGACUGGCACAAAUUUCAUUGCUAUGAAUUCUCUUCUGAAAUCUGAGAGGGGAUGCAAAAUAGGAAAUAAAUCAGUGCUACGCGACUGCCAUAUUUCUGCUUCUGGUAUUACUAUUGGCGAGGACUCAUUCCUUAGUGGGGUCAUACAUGGCUCACAAAAUGAGAAUUUCAGGGUGCCUGAUGCUACAUGUGUGUUGCAGUUUGAGGUUUCUUCACCUCUUAUGAAACACAAAACCGCUGUUUUUGUUGUACUGGGGGUUAAUGAUAAUUUGAGUGUCUCUUCCAGAGCUAGUAAAUUCACAAUUUUCAACCGUUCCCUGAAAGAUUUUUAUGACGUGACAUCAUGGACAGCAAAUGAUCUAUGGGGUGCACGAGAGGGUGAUUCUACUAACAGCUUGCUAACAGCACUGUUAUUCCCCAUUGAUGGUGACAUUGGUGCUAUUAUAUCCAUACUUGAAGGUGUCCCUGAUCAUCUGUCCAUAAAAAGGUGGAGGGAGACUGAGAGAUUAUCAUUGCAAGACAUUUUGCAUUACCAUCUUGUCACGGAACAACUGGCAAGGCGUUGGGAAACCUAUUUUGCUGUAGCAGCUUCUCUAGUGUACACAACUCUGACCGAAGGAACGGAUUUUGAAGUCUUGCCAUUCUUUGUUAGUGCCUGCGCGACAGGACACAAGGACACUCUAAUGUCCGUUCUAGACACUGUUGCGGAACGUGGACAUGGAACGAAUGACGUUGCUGUGGUAUGCCGCACAUUCUCGUGCAUUGCUGAUUUUCUGGGGGUCAUGGCAGGCAAAGCUGGUGGACUUCGUAGUGGUCCAGGAGGCAACAGAGCAUGGUUAGGUGCUUUUGAACUGCUUGAGAGAGAAAAUAUUGCUCAAGGGGCUGAAGCGCUACAUGCUGAACGGCAGAAUUGGACAGAUCGUCCAGACAGGUUGAUGCGUGCUGCUAGACAUUAUGAAGGAGCUCUGCAAGUGCUUGUGAGACAAGCUGUCAACACCUGCAAACAGUGUAUCCAUGUCUUUCCCUCAGGAAGAUUGUAUCCUUAUGAUACAUGGGUAGUAGCUGAAUGCCCAGCAAGAUUGGACCUAUUCGGGGGUUGGACUGACACUCCUCCAAUCUGUUACGAAAUGGGUGGGUCUGUGAUCAACGUAGCGGUGCUAGUUGACAAUAAGAGACCCAUUGGUGCCAAGGCAAGAAGGCUAGACAAGCUGCACAUAAUCCUUAAGCUGUUGCACAACAACAUCAUGGAAGAAAUAGUAAUUGAGAACAUAGAAGGCCUUCUCGACUACAAUCAACCUGGUGCAUGCGGUGCAUUACUGAAGGCCUGCCUCAUUGGAGCAGACAUUGUGAGAAUAUAUCAAAGUGUAUUAACACUGAAAGAACAGCUUCACGACAGAUACAACGGAGGCAUUGAGCUGCAAACAUGGUCAAGUUUGCCACAAGGAUCUGGAUUAGGGACCAGUAGCAUUCUAGCAAGUGCAAUUGUUGGAGCACUUUGGACUGUGACUGGACAAGCAUUUGAUAAAGCAUCAGUGAUACACUGUGUGUUGAAUGUGGAACAGUUGCUGACAACUGGUGGCGGAUGGCAAGACCAAGUAGGUGGUGUCUCAGGAGGCUUGUGUCUGGGAUUUUCAAAGCCAAUGCUUCCUUUGAAAGUCGGCGUAGAGCAGUUGCCUUUGACCGAAGACUUUGCUGCAGCACUGAGCUCUCACUUUCUUCUACUUUAUACUGGGAAAGUCAGGCUUGCAAAGAACUUACUUCAGACUGUGAUCAGGAAUUGGUAUGCUAGAGACCCAAAAGUUGUGGCAUGCUUCAAGGAACUAUACUCCAAGUGUCAGACUAGUGCAAAGGAAGCAUUUCUCAAAGAAGACCUCCUGUCCAUUGGCAUGAUGAUGAAUGAGUACUGGACCUUAAAGAAGGUGCUGGCAUCAGGGUGUGAGCCACAGUUUGUGCGUCAAAUAAUGGACCUUCUUGAGCCACAUCUUCUGGGUAAACUGCUCGUAGGAGCAGGAGGAGGAGGAUUUCUAUGCAUACUUACCAGGAAGCCUAACAUGCUCGACUUUGUCAGAGGGCUGCUCUCAACAACCAAGGGUAUGGAGAGAGUCACUGUGCACAAGGUUGACGUUGAUCAAGGUGGCCUCAGCAUAUCUGUUGCAGGGGGACCUGUCCCGUUGGUGAUGUCCUAGUCACAUUCUACAAAUGCUGUGAAAACCCAGAAUGAUAGAUAUAUUUCUUUAUUCCAGAUGCAAUAAUGAAAGAUCAAAAGUGGACCAAUCUUGGACUGAACAAUAAAUAUAUUAUUUGUUAA